CUUACUUGUCUAUAUGAUUGAUUAAUAUUAGUUGACAAUUCUUAUUUUUUUAUCAGUGCACAAAUUCUAGUUAACAUGAAAUAAAUAAGAAAUUUUAUUAUUUCACAUGAUUUUUCUGGCUGUUAAAAUAUAUUUUUAAUUUUUUGUCACACCAAUUUAAAAUAUAUUGGAUGCGAUCGAAGUAUCGUUGUAUGGAAACGUUAACAGUUCGCCUCUCGUCCCAGCUCACAUUUCCUCGCUUUCAAGAAUCACCCCACCUCCCUAACGAACACAGCAACAAAAUUCUCCCUUUGUCUCCCUAAUUAUGAAGUCUUGUUGUUGCUGCUGCCGUUGCUGUUACCCUCUUUCCUUCCUCUAAAAUCCUCUCCAAAUCAGUGUUUGAAUGUUGUGGAAACGAUAGCAGGAGCAGUGCACCAUCCCUCUAAAAGAACAAUGGCAACCAGGGUGAAAGGACUAUUCAGGGGAUUCAAGCACAUAUCAAAGAUCUUCUGUAAAUGCUUUAAUUGGCUCUGUUGUUAUUUUCCUUUCGUUAUUUUAAAUUUGUGUUUCUCUCCUUCUCUGGUUUCUUCUGGUUUGGUAGCUGCUAAGGAGGAUGAAAUGGAGAUUGGGCAUCCAACAGAUGUCAAACAUGUAGCACAUAUUGGCGGGCAUUGCGACUCUGUCCAUUCUCCAAGUUGGAUGAAAAAGUUCAAUUCCACAGCUGAUUUCUCUUCUCUCGGCAAUGUUGGGCAAGCUAGACGAUCGCUUUCGGGUUCUCAAGGAUCCUAUCGAGCAAGAGGCAUCGAAACAUCGUUCCAAGACAGUAAUAGCUCCGAAACUGGCACUCCCAGAGCUCCAAAACAGAUGAAGAGGAGAAAACACCGACCUGAAUCCUCCUCCUCAAGGCCUUCGAAAAAGGCAUCAAGAGUCAGAGCUCCAUAUGUAGCUUCACUGGGAGACGAUAAUGAAGCACCAGACCAGCUCCGAGGAAUUUAGAUUUCAUAUAUAUGAUGAUAAGGAAAAUCCUAUACAUGCAUUGAAAGUUGCUGCUCUGUUCAAUGUCUUCUUUUUUUUUUUUUUCCUGUUUUGCUUUUAAUGGUGGUGGCAACAGGUGAUUCGUUCAUCCAGUACCUCCGCUAGCCUGUCCCUAAGCUAGUACCGAAGAUGUUUUACUUUUAAUUAUGGUUGUAUAUUGGAUUGUGAAUGCAAAUGAAGCUUAUGUAAUACAAUUCC